AUGCUCAGCGAGCAUGCCCGCACAAUACUGAACGCCAAGACUCGUAUCCAGCUCGACCCAGUCACUUACAACCGCGGCCUGAUCGGUGGCUUCCGCCAGGUCGUCCAGAAUGAAGGUGCCGGCGCCCUUACGAUCGGUGCUGGUCCUACCUUUGCGGGCUACUUCCUGCAAGGGACUUUGAAGUUUGGUGGUUACGAGUUCUUUAAGCAGCAAUCCAUCAACUUCAUCGACUACGACAAUGCCAGGAAUAGCCUCAUCGCCGCCUUUGCCGAGUUCUUUGCCGACAUUGCCCUCUGCCCGCUCGAGGCCACCCGUAUCCGAUUAGGAAUCGGGGCUUUCUACUUUGGUUUUGGCCCCAUCCUCUUCAAGCAGGUCCCAUACACCAUAACCAAGUUCGUCGUCUACGAGAAAGUCACCGAGCUCGCCUAUAGCAAGCUUUUCGACAAGGAUAAGACAAGCGACGCCAUGCAAACCACCAUUAAUCUUGGUUCCGGCCUGAUUGCUGAUUUUGCCGCCGCGAUCGUCUCCCACCCUGCCGACACCAUGCUUUCCAAGAUCAACAAGACCAAGGGUCUCCCAGGCGAGAGCAAUGCCAGCAGACUCAUCAAUAUCGCGAAGGAGCUUGGCCUCCGGGGCUCUUUUAGCGGUAUUGGUGCUCGUCUGUUCAUGGUUGGUGCUCGGACGGCUGGCCAGUUCGCCAUCUACGGUGACCUCAAAAAAUUCAUGGGAGCUGUUGGAGGUGUAGAGAUAUCGAAAUAG